AUCAUUAAUUGUCCUACACACCAAAUUUUCUAUUGAUAUAAAAUUUUUGCAUGUGAAGAAAAAGCCCAAAAAUUUACUCGGAUUUUAAAGCAGAUUCCUUCGAUCUAAAGAAAGAGAGAAAAUGGAGAAUAUGUUAGGUCUUCUAAGACUUCAUGUGAUUAGAGGUGUUAAUCUUGCCAUCAGAGAUUCUCAAAGCAGUGAUCCUUAUGUCAUUGUCCGUAUGGGAAAACAGAAGCUACGAACCCGUGUGAUGAAAAAGAAUUUGAAUACAGAAUGGAACGAAGACUUGACACUUUCUGUUACUGAUCCAACUCUUCCUGUCAAGAUCAUGGUGUACGAUAGGGACAGGUUCUCAAGGGAUGAUAAGAUGGGAGAUGCGAUUUUUCACAUUGAUCCGUUCCUUGAAGCCAUCAGAAUCCAAAACCAACUAGGAGGACUACCUGAGGGGACUGUAAUAAUGAAGAUACAGGCAAGCAGACAAAACUGCUUGUCAGAAGAGAGCAAGAUUGUAUGGCACAAAGGAAAGAUUGUCCAGAACAUGUUCCUUAAGCUUCAGAAUGUUGAACGAGGGGAGAUAGAGCUGCAGCUUGAGUGGAUCGAUGUCUCCGGCGCCUUGACUGAUGAUGCGGAGGAUGUUGCUUUCUAGAUCGACUCUAUACUACAAGAAAUUCCUGUGAUGAUACGGCGAAAACAAUAACACAAACUGAUGUAGUGAUUUACUCAAUUAAUAAUCUUAAUGCACUAGCGAUCUUAUCGAUGAAGCAAUUAAGAGUAGAACCACAAGGACUAAUUCACAUUAAGAAUGCACAUAAUUACUUAACUUAAGAACUAAAUGUUGCAUUGAUUCAAUAAACCGGUUGCAAUAAUUUAUUU